ACACUCGGCACAGCAGGUCGCCUUUGAAGUCCUGUUUGUAUGAAUAAAUUAGGGUGUGAAGGUCUCCACCACAGAGCUUCCUUCCGCCUGUCCGCAGGCUCAUGAAUAUUAAGCAGGUCUUGACGGCGGAGCCCAUAAGACCGCCCCCCCUUGCACCAGUGCGGCCACAUGCAGCAUCCACCGGCGCAACAUCUCACAGAGCUUUCAUCAGAUUUCUCGGUCGGCGCCUUUUCGGUUUGAAGCGCGUCUUGUCUGAUUUUUGAAAAGACACUAUGGCUUUGAGGGGACCGCUGUUCCGUCUUCUCAGAACUCAGCUCGGCCACACUUGCCAGCAAAGCAGAGCUCAAUCCGUGGCGGUGCUGGGCGCCCCGUUUUCGAGAGGACAGAAACGAAGAGGCGUGGAGCACGGUCCUAAAGUCAUCAGAGAUGCGGGGCUCAUCGAGAGGCUCUCCGGUUUAGACUACUCUGUUCACGACUUUGGCGACCUCAGCUUCCACCACUUCGAGAACGACGAACCCUACAUGCGUGUAAAUUACCCUCGCAGUGUGGGUGCAGCAAAUAAGAUGCUGUCUGGGGCAGUGAGCAGAGCUGUCGGCGCUGGGCACACCGUCGUCAUGCUGGGAGGCGACCACAGCCUUGCUAUUGGAUCGGUGGCAGGCCAUGCCCAGCAGUGUCCUGACCUGUGUCUCAUCUGGGUUGACGCUCACGCAGAUGUAAAUACGCCCAUGUGCUCUCCAUCGGGAAACCUGCACGGUCAGUCUGUGGCGUUCAUGCUGAAAGAGCUGCAAGGCAAGAUACCAGACAUCCCAGGGUUCUCCUGGAUGAAGCCAUUCCUCUCCUUGAGGGACCUGGUGUACAUCGGACUGCGAGACAUUGACCCUGGAGAGCACCACAUCCUGAAGAGCCUGGGCAUCCAGUACUUCACCAUGAGGGAUAUCGACAGACUAGGCAUCCAAAGGAUCAUGGAGGUCACUUUUGACAACCUUCUGUCGAGAAAACAGCGGCCGAUCCACUUGAGCUUCGACAUCGAUGCGUUCGACCCGUCUCUGGCUCCAGCCACAGGAACGCCAGUCAACGGAGGUCUGACCUACAGGGAGGGAAUCUACAUCACAGAGGAAAUCCAUAACACAGGUCUGCUGUCGGCCAUGGACCUGGUGGAAGUAAACCCCAUGCUGGGGGCCAACCGUGAAGCCGUGGAGGCCACCGCCUCUUUAGCGGUCGACGUCAUCGCAUCCUCUCUGGGACGGACGAGAGAAGGUGCUCACUCGUCCAUUGACGAGAUCCCCCCCGUGAAGGACGACACAGAGCAGCUUCGCCUCUGAGAGCAUGAAGCAACUCCAUGAACUCUGUCAGCAUCAUCCCUGAGCAUUCCACAAAGACUGAUCUGAUAGCUUAAGAUUUCACAUUUCUGUUCUCAUCUCUUUGCUGUUUGCGAUUCAUGUAAUAAUGAAAACUAAAUUUUGCCUGGAAUCAUAAAAUUAUAAAAAAGGCUUUGGAUAGAAACACGUUAAUGACGUUGAGACAAAAGUCUUUGACAUAAUUUAGUGAAACGCUACAAUCAUCCAUGGGAACACCGUUCAUUUAAACAACCAUUUUGCUUCUGUAUGUAAUAAGUUAAGUGUUAGAGGACACAGUUGCCACAUAUUUAUUGUAUGUUUAGUUUACAAGAGAAGGAACCUGCCUCAGAGGUAUGACAAACAAGUUCAGACUUUAAGUUUUAAGUCCACAGUCUCACGUGGACUCUCAGAACUACUUUGUGGCUGUGCCAGUUACUAAAAAUUAGUAGUGAUGUGUUUGCACUUUUGGACCAGCUGUGUGGUUACUGUAUUUUCUUUAGAGUCUACUUUUGUAUUUUCACAGAACCUAGUAGUACCUAUACUACUGUAGAAUUGGUGUGUGAAUAAAUAUUUGCUAAUCAGUCAGUAUUAAUUGGAUUGAAAUUGUGAUAACCAGCUUUGACCGAAGUGCUGUCAAAAAAAUUGUUUGAGCUUGAACUGCUGGGUUCACAUUUGACCUGAUGUGGCCACCAAAGGACUGCUGUCCUAGUAAGAGUAUAUUUUGGUCUUCCAUAAAUGUGAUUACAUUUUU